AUGUCAUCUUAUAAUAAAUCAUCUGAAUAUUCGGCUUGUGUAACAACAGUAUCAACUGAUGAAGUUGCACGUAAAUUAGCACGUUCAUUAGUUGAAUCUCAUCUAGCUGCUUGUGUCAAUAUAAUUCCAAAUGUUCGAUCAAUUUAUGAAUGGAAAUCAAAUAUUCAUGAAGAUAAUGAACUUAUUUUAAUGAUUAAAACUCGACAAGAAAAAGUAGCUGAAUUAAUUGAAUUUGUUAAAAAAAAUCAUCCAUAUGAUGUACCAGAAUUAAUCGAAUUACCAAUUACAAAUGGAAAUCCUGAUUAUCUUAAAUGGAUUGAUACUAUUGUCAAACAACCAUCAUCAACAUAG